ACCAUGAACUAGAUUUAUUCUCUGUUAUCAUCUGGUCCUGAUAGUACAAAUAUUGGCUAUGUAUUAUUAGCUCCUGACGAGUACAACCAAACAACACAGUAACAACCAUUCCGAUAAGGCUUUCUGAUUAGAACGAUACACAACCAUUUUCAGGAGACAGCCAGGAUACUGGUGGCAGCCCUGCUGUCAGCAUGAAGACAGAGGAUAUUGAAUUAGGAAAUACCAAGCCAGGUCAUCAGGGGAAUGUAUCCUCACCCAGUCAACAUGGUAACAAAACAGGUAGUACUACAGCAACAUCACUUGGUAACAAGGCCAACAAAUCAUCUCUGUCAAACAGGUCAAAUAGGGACAACAAAGACACAGAGUCAAAGAUCUCUGGAGAUGGAAAGGCAGAACAUGACCCCGAUAUCAUUGAGGAAAUCACAAAAUUGGGGCACUGUGCCAAACUUAGACACAAUUUCUGCUUCAAAACUUUUGUAUUUUUUGUGGUUAUGGUCCUGAAUGCAGUGGACAUGAUAGCUGAUUGGUUACUGUUUCGAGACGUCUUUGAGACGGAGGAAGGCCUUGUGUACGGGCCUCCAGACAAAGCUAUUACCUACUCAUUACUGGCAUUCUCCAUUAUUGGAACACUGACAUUUCUAUUUGAGGUAGUAAAUCUAUGGUGGGAGAUAUAUCGGGAGAAUCCGUGGAUUAAUGCUGAUCUCGCUUCGGCAGUGACAAUCUGGAUUGAAGAUGUACCACAGAUUAUCAUCAACCUUUUCAUUGCACUGUGUCGUGAUGAGGCCAUCAGUUACUUCCAGUUGGUGAAAGCUUCUGUUAUCAUUGCCAGCAUCAUCAUCAGAAUCAUUGUAAGUCUUAUACAUUACUGCAAUAAGAAGAACCUAGCCGAACUGAAAGACCACACAAAAACAUCAUGUCGUCAUGUGACCUAUCGCUUCCUCAUUAUGAUUGGACUGAUAGGUGUCUUCUCCUGUUCCAUAGCCAUUUUCUUUCUUACACAGUUUGAGAGAACUGAAGAGGGGAAAAUAAAAUUCAAUCUGCCUAAGACUGCGUUUGAAGGACUGUAUGAUGAGGAACGCUACUUCGAGAAUGUCAGCAUGUACUUACAUCAUCCCCUUAUCGACUUUGACAAUGGCAGCCUUGACAACAAUGAUGUAAACUGGAUACGACUCAUCAGUCUGUAUGAUGUGAGGGAGAAAAAUACAGAGGUGUUCAAACUUGAAUAUGACCAGACCAAAACCAAAAUAGUGAUAUGGCAGACUAACUCCUCGGGUACGUUAGUUAUCAGUGACUGCUACACACUGGAUCGAACAGCCAAGAGAGUAACUCGGGCCUCUUCUUGUGCUUCACAUAUCAAUGGGCAAAAAUCUGCUUUCAUUUUUAAAUUUGAAUUUCUCCAGAAGAAAAUACCUAAUUUGAUAUUUGGAGAUGUAAGAUUCAAUUUAGUUGUGAAAGAGAAUGGAAGAUGUCAUCCGCCAUCCACAUCCUUGGUGACCAAACUACGUGACCGUAGAGACAAAUCCACCAACCAAAUACACCCAGUCAUCCAUUAUUACCGCACGAACAACGUUAACGAGGACCAUCAUUUACUGUGGACCAGCGGGGCUAAUGGGGCCAGGUUUUACAGGAACCAGGCAGACUUGAUAGACAUCGCUACAGUGUGGAGGACAGGGUUUGCCUACUGUGAUAGUACAGGCAGUCUGGCCCCGCACAUGUACACAGGGAUGAGUGUUGACUGUAAUAUUUAACAUAACAGUACUCUCUGGCCCUGCAUAUGCACACAGGGAUAAGUGUUGACUGUAAUAUUUAGGAUAACAGAACUCUCUGGCCCUGCACAUGUACACAGGGAUAAGUGUUGACUAUAAUAUUUAGGAUAAUAGUACUCUCUGGCCCUGCACAUGUACACAGGGAUAAGUGUUGACUAUAAUAUUUAGGAUAAUAGUACUCUCUGGCCCUGCACAUGUACACAGGGAUAAGUGUUGACUGUAAUAUUUAAGAUAAUAGUACUCUCUGGCCCUGCACAUGUACACAGGAAUAAGUGUUGACUGUAAUAUUUAGGAUAAUAGUACUCUCUGGCCCUGCACAUGCACACAGGGAUAAGUGUUGACUGUAAUAUUUAGGAUAACAGAACUCUCUGGCCCUGCACAUGUACACAGGAAUAAGUGUUGACUGUAAUAUUUAAGAUAAUAGUACUCUCUGGCCCUGCACAUGUACACAGGGAUAAAUGAUGACUGUGAUGUUUAAGAUAACAGAACUAUCUGGCUGUGCACAUGUACAUUGGGAUAAUUGUUGACUGUAAUGUGCAAUAGUACUCUCUGGCCCUGGCUGUACACAGAAGACGACUUGGGUUUUUUGCAUAAAAAGUUUUCCUGAUACUUCA